AUGGCGGCCACGACAGACACAACUUCAGUUGCCCACCAUGUGGGUGGUCGGCAGUUUCAGUUCUACAACAUCAUCAUGAUCCUCGCCAUGGGCUUUGGCUCCAUCAGUUAUGGCUACUCUGCUGGCGUCAUAUCGCAGACUCUGGGUCAGCCGUCUUUCCUGAAAUACUUCGACCUCGACACUCGCUCUGACGCCUCAGACAUCAUCGGCCUCAUGAAUUCUCUAUACCAGUGUGGAGGUUUCGUUGGGACAUUCUGUGUGUCUUCGGUGGCAGAUAGAUGGGGGAGACGAACAGGCAUUGCGCUUCCCUCGAUCAUCAAUAUCGUUUCGGGCGCGCUUUUGGCCGGCAGUGUCCACGUCGGCAUGUUCAUCUUCUUCCGUUUCCUGGCUGGACUCGCGGCAUAUUGGCUUGUGUCUGCCGUUCCGGUCCUCAUGACUGAGGUCGCCCCACCCAAUGUUCGAGGCGUCCUCGUCAACGUCCACGGAGCCAUGAUCAUCUUCGGGUUUGCUCUGUCCAACUGGGUGGGCUUUGGGUUCUACCACAUCGACGAAUGGCGGGCACCGUUCGCCUUCCAGUGCCUGCCCUCCAUCCUCCUUUUGCUGGUCAUCAUCAAGGUCCCGGAGUCGCCUCGCUGGUUGAUCAUGCAGGACCGAUCCGAGGAAGCCUUGGGGAUCUUGCAAAAACUUCACACCCCAGCUGAGGCGCAAGUCGAGUUUGCGCAGAUUCAGAAGCAAGUUCGCACGGACCGCGGCCUUGCGUGCUCGUACUGGGCCAUGUUCACUAAACCCACUUACCGGAAAAGGUCGUUCAUGGCGCUGUUCGUGACGGUGGGUAUCCAGAUGACUGGUCCGUUCGUGAUCAACAACUAUGGCCCAACUCUCUAUCGAGGCCUCGGCUACGACACCGACAAGCAACUAGUCUAUCAGCUCGGGUGGAUCACGGUGGCUUUCGGAGGUGCAUUGGCGUCCUUGUUCGCUAUCGAAAUGGUCUCUCGCCCAUCCAUUAUCGCGGGCGGGAUUCUUGGAUGCGUGGCUUGUCUCACGGUCGAAUGCGCCCUGGUCGCAUCAUACGCCACGAGUGCCAGCGACUUGGCGAACCCGAACUCGGGCGCGCUCAAAGCGGCCGUUUCCAUGCUCUUCCUCUACGUCGUCUGGUUCGAGAUGACAGUCGACGGAGGACAAUUCGUAUACUUGGGAGAAAUCUUCCCCACCCAUCUCCGGGCAAAGGGCAUCGCAUUGGGCAUGGCGGGCCUCUGUGCCACCAAUAUCGUCUGGCUCCAGGUUGCGCCGCUGGCAUUCUCCCACAUUGGUUGGAAGUUCUACCUCUGCUUUGUCAUCCCUGGUACAAUAUGCGGAGUGAUCAUCUGGAUCUUCUUUCCCGAGACUCGUGGUGUGCCUCUCGAGAGCAUUGCAGCCAUUUUCGGGGAUAGCGCCGAGUUGUACGACUUUGCCCUGGAGGAAAUCCAAGAUGUUGAACAGGCCGAGAUUGCAAUCAUUGGCAAGGCCGAGGAGGCGAGAACAUCCCAUCAUUUCGAAAAUGCUUGA